GCACCUCGCAGGACACACUUGUCACUCAGGGGGUCCUUUCACUUGUGCAUAACAACAUGGCGGCCGCCUUGUGCAGAGGCAAACACAGACUGAAACCUUUCUGUCACUUCGCUUUUCUGUUGCCAAGAAGACAUUUUACAGGAUCGUUUGAUUAUGACCUGGUGGUUAUCGGUGGUGGAUCUGGAGGUUUGGCGUGUUCCAAAGAAGCGGCUCAGUUGGGGCAGAACGUGGCUGUUCUGGAUUAUGUCGAACCUUCAGUGAGGGGUACUAAAUGGGGUAUCGGCGGAACGUGCGUAAAUGUCGGCUGCAUUCCUAAGAAGCUCAUGCACCAGGCCGCUCAGCUCGGCACGGCGCUCAAAAACGACUCGAAGAAAUACGGCUGGCGGAUCGCCGGUCCUGUGUCUCACGACUGGGCGACCAUGGCAGGAUCUGUGCAGAAUUAUGUGAAAUCUCUGAAUUGGGGUCACCGAGUUCAGCUGCAGGACAAGAAAGUGAAAUAUCUCAAUAUGAAAGGAAGUCUGGUGGACCGGCACACCAUCCGAGGAUUAAACGCCAGAGGGAAGGAGGCGACUGUGACGGCCAGGAACAUAGUGAUCGCGACCGGCGGGCGUCCAAAAUACCCCACGCAUGUCCCGGGAGCGAGAGAGUACGGCAUCACCAGCGACGAUCUCUUCUGGCUGAAAGAGUCUCCGGGAAAAACACUCGUCGUCGGAGCCAGCUACGUGGCUUUGGAGUGCGCUGGUUUUCUGACCGGCGUCGGACUGGACGCCACCGUGAUGGUGCGUAGCAUCGCCCUCCGCGGAUUUGAUCAGCAAAUGGCUCGUUUGGUGACUGAUCACAUGGAGGCUCACGGAACUCGUUUCAGCUGGAGCUGCGUUCCUAAGAAGGUGGAGAAACUUCCGUCAGGACUUCUACAGGUCACCUGGACCGAUACACAGAGCCAGCAGGAACAUCAGGACACGUUCAGCUCAGUGCUGUGGGCUGUAGGUCGAGCUCCUGAAAGCGGAACACUGAACUUGCAGCACGUCGGCGUUGAGCUCAACACAAACACGGGCAAAAUCAUCGUAGCUGAUGAUGAGCGAACAUCCGUGCCUAAUGUUUACGCCAUCGGAGACAUCGCACAGGGUCGUCCUGAGCUCACCCCGACGGCCAUCAAAGCGGGUAAACUCCUGGCUCAGCGAUUAGCCGGUCACUCCAACCAGCUCAUGAACUACGACAACGUGCCCACCACAGUGUUCACUCCUCUGGAGUACGGAUGUGUCGGUUUAUCCGAAGAAGAGGCCGAGAGGAGAUACGGCAGUGACAAUAUAGAGGUGUAUCACGCCUUUUACAAACCUCUGGAGUUCUCCGUAGCCGAGAGAGACGCCAGUCAGUGCUACAUCAAGGUGGUGUGUGAGCGGGAAGAACCGCAGCGAGUGUUAGGGCUUCACUUUACCGGCCCCAACGCUGGAGAAGUGACCCAAGGCUUUGCGCUCGGCUUCCAGUUCGGGUUCACGUACUCUCAGCUACGCGAUACGGUCGGUAUCCACCCUACGUGCGCCGAGGAGCUCACCAAUCUCCACAUCACCAAGCGUUCCGGUCUGGACGCCACGGUGACUGGCUGCUGAGGUUAAACCCCCUCCCUACCUUAAAUACGCCGAACACACGGACCCAAGAAAGGAAGCGAUGUCAUGCUCGUUUAGCGUCGUCCUCUCGUUUUCGGGUUCGUCUCGGCUGCGGCCUGUCGUGACCUUUUGACCUCUCUAGUCUCAAAGAGCACAGUGUUAGGCAGUCGACUUCUUUUUUUUUUUUUUUUUUUUUUUUUUUUUUUUUUAAACGUUCCUGUAGACGGACCGCUCCGAUGCUUAUCAGUCGUUUAUUUAUUUAUUUAUUUAUUUUGUUUGGUUUUUAUUUUAUUUUUUAGCUCCAUGAUAACGCAGUAAGACUCUAGGGGAGCAGCAGUAACCGCAAAACAGGCUCAUAAAUCAGGAUCAAGGCCCCGUUACAGCUCGUUGAAACGAGAGUCGCAGGAGAACGGAGCGGGCCGGCGUUUUUAAAAACAUAUUCGCAGAAUAUUGUUGUUUCUCCGGCUGUACUUCCUGUCCAUUAGUCAUUCUCCGCAGCUGACACUGAUGGAUGGGCUCGGUCCGUCGCCACGGUGAUACACCCCGGUUCCCAGGGAAGCGGACAAACACCGGGCGAGCAGCGCGUCAGUCAAACCCCGGGUCGAGAGAGAGCUUGUUUAAACCACUUUUUUUCUUUAAACUUCAGAGGUUUCCCCUCAGAGCACACAGAGAAAACACACAUGCUCCUUCUCUCCCGGCCUGAACGACUGGAGCAACAUGAUCACCUCUGAUGAAGGGUGUUUAUAUAAAUACCCCAGUACGCCUGAAGGGGCCAGUAUUCACCUCCGUUUCCGACUGUCUUUACCGCACGAUGCCUGAUCGGUUCAGCGUGAAAGUUAAAUCUAUCUUCAGUUCGUAGCUUAGAUAAACCCACCAUGUGCAUCAUGCUAACGAGUGGACUUUUACUUCACGCUGUUAGCAAGCUUGGCUUUUAUUUUGUCUUUUGAAAUUCCACCCAGGAUAUAUAUUAUACUUGCAAAUAAUUGUGUAUUUUUGAUAAUGUUUAGAAUUUUUAGUUUCUUAAUUCCCAUUGGUGUUAUCAGGGAGAAAGGCUGCCUAUCUAGGGGCCCUCCUCCCACAUGGAACAAGAUUUUGGAAUGGCGUAAUAUCAGGGAUGGGAUAAUAAUAAUAAUAAUAAUAAUAAUAAUAAUAAUAAUAAUAAUACAAUUUAAUUAAAAAAAUAGAUAUUUUUGGCGGGGCAUCAUGUGAUGUCAUCACAACGCACAUUCAACAAAAACCACCGCAAGUUGCAUCAACAAUCCGCGUUAAAUCCCGUACGGACUGCCUAAAUCCCAUCAGACUCCAACGUGGCCUUCGUUCAUGGAUGGAUCAUGACCAGAAACCAUUAAGAUCAACUCAUUCCAUUAAAACCACCAUUACAGACCACUAUAAAUCCCUAACCUUUUAUUCGUACUGCUGUAGAUCGCUGGCUAGAAAGAAAUCGAUCUGUUGUUAGUUCAGACUAACUAAAGGCUGACCCUGGAUAUAUAACUUUAGCACAUUAACAUAUAAACCUUCACCUCGUCUUUUACCCCCGACGUUACAGGCUCCGUUUCGGUUAGAACGUCACUCGGAGGUUCAAAGGUUGUAGGGAGGCUCGUUCUGUUUCACCAAGCAAGUUUUCUGUGAAUAUUAUUUUUUUUUUAUUUUUUAUUUUUUUUUUUACCUCAACAGAGAAGGUUUGUUUUUGUCUGAUGUGCCUCAGCUCUCUGAUUAAUGAGGCACGGGGUGUGUGUGACAGGCCGCUACGGAGACGAAGACGAGACGAGCAGCGCUACCAGGUUUAUUUGGACCUGAGGAGGGAGCGAGGGGUCCUGCGUUCAUGUGUUUUAGGGAACAGGGGGUGCUGACUGAAGAACCCUGACCCCGGUACACUACCAAUAACAAUAAGAGCAGCAUAGCUGUAUCCGACACACACACACACACACACACACACACACCUAUAGGGGACAUGGAAGGACUGGGACCGGAGUUCCGGAGUGUGAAAACACUUUUUAGGGUCAUCAUAUUUCAUUACUUUUACGCAUCGUAACGUUCGUUUGUCGGUUUGUUUGCGGUCACGUGCUCAUUUAGCUACACUCGGCUACAUUUCUGACGCCGAACACGACAGUAAGUCAGAUAGCUAGCUCGCUGACUAGCGACACCUAACUAGUAAACUAGCCGCACAAGCCGGCUUAACGGAGUUGGGUGCAAAAAUUAGUGCCCCCCUCAGCUUUUUUGUGUAAAGGAGGACGGAAAAUGUAGCGGUUUUUGACAGUUUUUCCACAAGAAAAGAACAUCAGUGCGACAACAAUCCAAAAUGAGCAGAUGGAGACGUUUUUCUCAGAGGAUGUGAAAGGUGCAAGUUGUUGGAGAAUAUUGUUGUCACGCCCAGAAAAGGGGGAUGCGAUGUUGCACCGCGUGUCCUGUGUUGGUGUUCUCCUUUCUCUUCAUAUUGUUUGUACUUGCACUCGAUUAAAUUUAAAAACAUAACGAUAAGUGAUUUUUGCGGCUUAAACAUGGCUAAAAAUGUGAAGAAAGAAAUUUCAGUACCACAAAAUAUUGUGUAACUUAUUACCAGAACAUGCCAAGUUCACACUUAAGUUCACACAACCUUCAGGCUGACAGUUCCUGUCCCUACACACACACACACACACACACAUAUAUACACACACACACACACUCGCACUCACACUCUGAGGGGUCAGGGUUGAGCUUCUCAGGGGGUCGAUUAAUGAGGACCUGCCCCAAAAGCCCUUGUUGGAGAGGGCGGGUCUGAUGUGCCCCGGCGUCCCCACUCUGCGUGUGUGUAAAUGGCGGAGGUUAAUCUGAUCUAAAGCUGUGUAUCUGUAUAAUUUAUGUGUAAAGUAAUAAAUGAUGAGUGCGAACAGCGCCUCUGUUUCAUUAA